AUGGUUGAUGCUACGGCAGGAUUAAUCAAAGUGAUAUUCCUUUUCAACUUGGCAUUACUGGUCUUUGGAAUUUUAGUAAUCAUUCAAGGCUUCCAAACAAAUAAUAUCACCGGCUCACUGGAAGGUGAAAGAAUGGAAGAACUGGAUAACCUCAUCUCUAGUAUUUUGAUGGUGUCAAAAAUUAUAAUAUUUGUUGGAGUCGUGAUUUCUUUUAUAUCGUUUCUCGGCUGUUGCGGAGCGUUCGUUGAGAGUCCCUCAGCUUUGACUUGGUACAUUUAUUGCCUUAUUUUAUUAAUUGCGUUUCAAGUGUGUAUAGCAAUAUACAUACAUCAGACAAAAGGUAUCAAUAAAGAUGAAGCAACCCGCAUUUUUCACGCGGCGAUAAUGAAGUACACCCAUGAUGCCAGAUACAAAUCAUUCGUAGAUGCUCUCCAAGGAUGGUUACGAUGUUGCGGAGCUGCGAAAGCUGAUGACUGGCAAGCAGCAAAAUUGGCGAAUGCGGUGACUGCUGUGAAUGCGGUGACUGCUGCGAAUGCGGUGACUGCUGCGAAUGCGGUGACUGCGGCUGCGAAUACUAAGGAUAAUGCGAAUACUAAGAAACAUAAGAGUACUACCAUUGCUACCAUCACUACCAUUAUCCUUCCUCCAUCAUGCUGUUUAAACAAAAAAGAUCCAUGCGACAAAGAAAACAGUUAUAAAAAGAGUUGUGCAGAUGCAAUCCACGAUCUUAUGAAAGAUGCACAGUCUAAUUAUGUGGUAUACCUCGCCUUGGUUAUUGGUUUUCAGGCUAUUCUCAUAAUAUUUACUUUUUACGUCAGAGGAACAAUUAGAGAACGACAGGAUUUAUUGGCGUAUUAA